AUGAGUAAAACUACGUUUCGUUACUAUUCCCUGGCCCAGUACUUGUUGAUCGUGUUCGCAGUCGCCAACAAACAUCCUACCCAAUUACUACUGUAUGGAAUGCUGGCAGCUCUACCCGAUCAGACCGUCCUAUCACCUGCAAAGGCAUCCAAUGCCAACACAGCUCCAGGCACGAACGAUGAAGAGGCCCAGUACCUGUCCCUACUAAACCGUAUUCUACAGGAAGGAGAAACACGUCAAGAUCGCACUGGAACUGGAACAAAAUCCCUCUUUGCUCCUCCUCAAUGCAGAUUCAACCUAAAAGACAACAUAUUUCCCCUCCUAACCACAAAACGGGUCGCAUUCCGUGCCAUAUUCGAGGAAUUGAUGUGGUUUAUUCGGGGAUGUACUGAUGGUAAACUGCUCGCUGCUAAAGGUGUAAAGAUAUGGGAGGGUAAUGGUAGUAGGGCUUAUCUGGAUUCUAUUGGUCUGAGUCAUCGUAGAGAGGGAGAUCUGGGUCCUGUCUAUGGGUUUCAGUGGAGACACUUUGGUGCUCAGUAUGUUGAUGCUGAUGCUGACUAUACUGGCAAAGGAGUAGAUCAGUUGAAACAGGUAUUGCACAAGAUUGUACAUAAACCACAGGAUAGGCGUAUUGUCCUUAGUGCUUGGAAUCCGGCUGACUUGGCAGUAAUGGCCCUGCCACCAUGCCACAUGUUUGUCCAAUUCUACGUAUCACUCCCAACAUCGCCAGGCACCAAACCAGUCCUCUCAUGCCAACUAUACCAACGAUCUUGCGACAUGGGACUAGGGAUUCCAUUCAAUAUCGCUUCAUACUCGCUAUUCUUGAUCUUGGUCGCUCACGUCACUGGAUGCACGCCUGGAGAAUUCGUGCAUUGUAUGGGCGAUACUCAUAUAUACUUGGAUCAUGUCGAUGCGCUUAAAGAGCAAAUCACUAGAACUCCGAGGGCAUUCCCGACUAUAAAGAUUAAGAGGGCUAGACCCGAGGGGGUAUUGUCUGAUGAGGAGAUGGUUAGGGCGCUGGAGGCGUUUCAGUUUGAGGAUAUUGAAAUCAUUGGAUACAAUCCACAUCCAACCAUCAAAAUGGCCAUGUCUGUAUAG